ACGCUGCAGUACAACCAUUCGCCCGUCUUCUUCUUUGCCCACGACUUGCUUGAUUCUUUUCAGCAGAGGUCGCAGAAAGGAGAUAAUUCUGCUAUACCCGGCGUUUCACAAAAUCUAUGCCAAUGCACAUCUUGGGCGCCAAUCGUAUGCCUGACCGGGGCAUUGGAUUCACAGCGGCACGUGGCGUCCAAGCCCAAGGAGCCGCCCCUCUGGUAAGGCUCUACGAGCAUGGGACAAGAGGCUGAGGCGUGCUGACGACCACUGCUGCAUCAUCCUUCCUCUCACCGCGCGGCAGCUGAGCCAGCGAUGUAAUCCGAUUAUAUUGCCAAGAUUGUCACAUCUUCCUUCCCCAGGGCCCCCAAAGCGCAUCUACGCGUAUUUGUUUAUACAGGCGCUACAGGCGCUGCUAUCGUCGCCAUGUCUCUGCAACUCCCCAGCACUUUUACCACCAAGCCGACCGGUCGCAAAGGCUCCAAAAAGGUCCGAACAGGCUGCCUCACCUGCAAAGUCCGAAAAGUAAAAUGCGACGAGGCAAAGCCUUCGUGUUUGCGCUGCCUCAAGACUGGCCGCAAAUGCGAAGGAUAUCCCGAACUCAAUCGCAUGUUGCACCAGGCUGCGUCACAGAGCCUGGUGAUAGCUCGUUCCCCGCAGUCGCUAGAAUUCGACUCGCCAGCGAGUGGCAGAGCAUUUGACUAUUAUAGAAGUCAGUCGGCGCCUAUUCUUGGCAAUAUCAUGGACUCGGAGUUCUGGGGCGGGCUUGUAAUGCGACUAAGCAUAUCGGAGCCUAUUGUAAAGCACGCGAUUCUCUCUCUGAGUAGUUUACACGAGUUUAUGGGCGCACACAAGGCAGACAAGCGUUUGAUGAAUCCGCAAAUGAUCUUCUCAGAGUAUACAAAGUCUAUCCGAGCGCUCUCAACUUGGAACGACAGCAACGGAAAAGUUGUCCCGCUGAUUGCCAGCAUCCUCUUCACAUGUAUCGAGUUCCUGCUGGACAACGAACCAGGCUCGAGGAUGCACAUCAUGCAAGGUCGCAAGCUACUAGGAGAUCUUGGCUCGGCAACAGACGCGGACAUGGACGUCAUUCGAAAGGAGCUGGUGCCCAUGUACACUCGCCUUGGUCUCACAGCAUUUCUAUAUGGAGGCUCGCCGCCAGCAGUGCCAGAUCAUUUGAAGACAUUUGUGAAGCCCCCAAACGAGCUCAAUACACUGGCCGAAGCAAGAUCACUUUUGUAUUCACUCUUAGACGAAGUUAUGCGCUUCAGCCUCAGCGUACAGGCGCGCAUCUUUGCCGGCACGUUGAACGACGACGAGGUAUUCGAGCUGACAGCGCGACAGGCGUUGUUGCAAUCUUAUUUGGAUCAGUGGCAGACGGCAUAUAUGAUCUUAACGGCAGGUACAAAACAAAAUCACACCAUGAUGGCCACGCAAAAUCUGAUGCAGAUUUACUAUCACGCCACAACAACAUGGCUCGGCACGGCCUUGUCAACUCGGCAGUCUGAAUUUGAUGCGUUUUUACCAGAAUUCGCAUCCAUCAUUGGUCUUGCUUCGUCUAUUGUCAACAAUGCUCAUCGUGGAUCCAAUCUGCAUGCAUUUAGUUUUGAGACGGAAAUUGUUGCGCCAGUCUACUGGGCUGCCAUCAAGUGUAGACAUCCGCUGCUACGCCGGGCUGCUGUCAAACUGCUGAUGAGAGAAGAAAUGAAGGGUCGACGAGAGAACCUUUGGCAUGCCAAUGAGGCCAUUGUCAUUGCACUGCACGUUAUCCAGCUGGAAGAACAGGAAGUCUAUCCCAUGUCUUCCGGCAUGAGCCCUGAAAGCCCCUUCUCCAGCACCGACAGCUCAUCUCACAUGUCUACCACAACAUCGGUCGAUUUCCAGAUUCCCAUUCACAAACCUCCGACCAUGCCGCCGUCCGACUUUAAGGAUAUCCUAUAUGAGGAACGAGGAGAUUCGUUUGACCAUGAAAUCAACAUGCCUACUCCGACACCAUCCGCUACGACCUCUACUACCGUCGACUUCAACACCCUGCCCACUUCACAACGCAUCCUUAAGAAUAUAGAUUGGUCGCGGCUUUCCACAGACAAGCCGUUUGGCGUGCCUGAAUCUGCAAGAGUGAAAAACACAUUGAUUGGGCCAAGAGACGCUGACGGCACUUGGGCAACAUUAUUCCGAGAUCCGCAGGUGUCAGGCGAAGACCGAUGGGAUAUACGGAAGGAUUAUCUACCAUUCGAAACAUGAUGGCGUCGGUUUGCGUUUUGUAUUGUGCAGUAUGUAUCUAUUGACACUGGUGUCGCUUUUGUCUGAAUGAAUUAAAAAUACCAUCAUCAACAUUGCUCUGCGUUCUCGUUACUUCGUUAAUCACCGUUUCUCUCAUCUGGCUUUCUCGCUGCGAAGCGCCGCCAGUUUCCGUUGCUUGUUGCGCUCUUCUUGCUCCGCCAUGACCUUGGCCGUUAAAGAUGCCGUCAUGGGAUUAUUAAUGCCAUUUAAUCGCGGGUCGACCUCCUUCUUCGCCUUCUUUACCGUUUCUGUUGCUGCAGCAUCGUCUGUGUUGGCUUCGUCGCCCUUGCGCUUCUUCUUCUUUUCCGAUUUGUCCUUCUUCAGUGUAUGUGUCAGACCUUUAGCUUUGAGGCCCUCGAGACGCGACUCUAGUCGUUGUAUUUCUUUUUGUGUUGUGGGGAGCAGAGUGAUGACGUUUUCUUCGGUAUAAGGUUCGGCGCAUUCAGGACAUGUCUGCUCCUUAAUUUCGGUUAUUGCUAUUUCGGCGAACGCGUGACCGCACGGGAUAAGGUACACAGAUUUUGUUGCAGGACCCAUUUCCUUCAUAGAAAUAGGACACACCCAUUUGUUUCCAUUGAUGGAAAACUUAACCUUCGCCACGUCGCGUAGGGACCGUAUGCCCAAGGCUGCCGGCGUGAUGUCUGCUGACGGUUCAUCUGACGGCAUCAAUCCCUUGAGAACUGAUUCGUAGUUAUACAGCCUUCCUUUGCCAUCGGAUACAACUGCAUCCUUGUCAAGUGUGUCGCCGCUGAGAGCGCAGUGUGCCCAGGCAUGGCCUAGCGAUUCAAGCACAGCAGCCUUUAACUCGGACGAUGUUGGUGCGCGGGCUGCGUUUUUGACAAGCUCGUGUCGUCUCGGGAUGGAUCCUCCGUCGUUUCCCAUGGCUGCCGGAGAGGAAGUGUAGUGGUGGUUCGAUGUAUUUUACAGAAAA